GAGACUCUGCGUGGGGUCACGGAGAGAGGGAGAGAGAGACGCUGCGUGGGGUCACGGAGAGAGAGGGAGAGAGACCCUGGGAGACGCGGGACAGAGAGGAGGCUUGUGCGGCCGGGGGAAGACUCGGAGACUCUGGGAGAGAGUCUGAGAGAGUCGGGAGAGACAUGGGGAAGGGUGUCGUGAACUGGGAACGCCACAGCAGCUGCUGCUGCUGCUGGUGACGGGAGAGCUGGGAGAGAGAGUAGAGAAGAGAGAGUCGGAGAGGGGGGGGGGGUAGAUAAGGCAGAGAGUAGGAGAGAGUAGAAGGGAAUAGAGGAGGAGGAGGAGGAGAGCGAUGAUUGAGGGGGUAGACCCGGUGCUGCAGAGUCUGCUGGGGACUCUGUUCACCUGGGGACUCACGGCAGCUGGGGCCGCACUCGUCUUCCUGCUGCCGGGGAAGGGCAAGGGAAAGAUUCUGGAUGGAAGUCUAGGCUUCGCGGCCGGGGUGAUGAUGGCCGCCUCCUACUGGUCUCUGCUGGCCCCCGCCAUCGAGCUGGCGGCCGAGGGCGGGGGGCUGCUGGCGCCCUUCCCCUUCGUCCCGGCCGCGCUCGGCUUCCUCGCCGGCGCUGCCUUCGUCCACGCCGCCGAUCGGUGCCUCCCGGCGGCGCCUCUGGACGCUGCCCAGGCGGUGGCCGUGCCGAUCGACGGCGCCAAGAAACGCGACGACCUCCACAGCGGGGACCUCCCCACGCUGCACGACAGCCUCACGGCCGUGCACAUCGAGCGGGACAGGUCUGACAACGGAGAGGUGUUCCAACGGAGGAGGCCGGUCGCUGGUGGCGCAAUGGGAACGGGAGGAGGAGGAGGAGGAGAGGAGGGGGCGGCUGGGGGGGGGGGUGGAUCUGACGCGGCGAUCGCCGGCGCGGUCGCUCCGGAGAGCCGGCGAGCCGAGAGCUGGCGGAGGAUUCUCCUCCUCAUCCUCGCCAUCACCAUCCACAACAUCCCAGAGGGCCUUGCCGUUGGCGUGGGGUUCGGAGCCAUCGGCAAGACGAAGUCGGCCACGUUUGAGAGCGCGCGGAAUCUGGCGAUCGGAAUCGGCAUUCAGAACUUCCCGGAAGGCCUCGCGGUCAGCCUGCCGCUGAGGGGGGCGGGCGUCCGCCCGUGGAAAGCGUUCUGGUACGGGCAGCUGAGCGGGAUGGUGGAGCCCGUGGCGGGGGUGCUGGGCGCCGUCGCCGUGAUGGUGGCCGAGCCCCUGCUGCCCUUCGCGCUCGCCUUCGCCGCCGGGGCCAUGGUCUACGUCGUGGUGGACGACAUCAUCCCCGAGGCUCACGCCGGUGGCAACGGCAAGCUGGCAUCGUGGUCAGCAGUCGUGGGCUUCGUGGUGAUGAUGUGUCUGGACGUUGGGCUGGGUUGAGGUGCCGGACCGUGAUACCACGGUGCACCACGCUACGCGCCACACCACGUUACUCACCACGUUACACACCACGUUACACACCACGUUACACACCACGUUACACACCACACCACG